AUGAGCAGUCAGUUACAACAAGUAUGGUUUUCUCAGUUUUAUGAACCAUCCAGUCGAGGUAUUUAUCCUCCGAAAACAUCAGUAACACCAGUACAACCAUUCAUACCAGCGACGUCGUCUAGUAAAAAAUCUGCUGAUCCAUCGUUAUCAGCGUCAUCAUCUCAACUGAUUAGAUCUGAUGUAAGGGAGUCACAAAAUGUGCCUACAAACAACAAGAACAAAAAACAAUUAAAGUAUAGUGCUUUAUAUUUACAUGUUAAAAAGUCAACACGUUAUUUCUGA